AUGUCUGAAGGUGUAGAUCGCAAGAUGCUUGGAGCAGAGUUUGGCCACCUGCUUGACAGCGGAAUAUUCUCAGACUUCGUUAUUCGUUGUCACAACAAGGAAUACCGCGUCCACAGGAACAUCCUCUCCGCACAGAGCAAGUUCUUCGAGAAUGUCUGCAAACCUGAGUCAGGUUUCAAGGAAUCGCAAUCCAGUUCGAUUGACCUCAACGAUGAAAACCCGGAAAUAGUGAAGGCUAUGCUCGACUAUCUCUACCGCUUCAAAUACGACCUUCAGAAUGCCUCAAAUGACCCCACCAUCAACAUGUUGUUCCACACUCGUGUCUACGCAGCUGGAGAGUUCUAUGGGAUCGAGAAGCUCAAGCACGCCGCCAUCGCCCAUUUCAGAAAACUCGCAAGCCACUUCUGGCAGCAUAUCACUGCCUUUACAACAGCCAUUAAAUCUAUCUACAACACCACUCAUAGUGGCGAUAGAGGCCUCCGUGCCAUCGUAGUGGAAUUCGCCGUGAUGUACAUGGAUGAUCUGGCGCUGCACGAUGAAUUUUUGGACUGCAUGAGGGAAGAACCUGACUUUUGGAUGGAAGUCACGCUGAAGAUUCAGGAAAAGAGAACGGAGGCCCAGGAAAUCUUACGCUUCAUUGGUAAAUUCAACUGCCCUAAGUGCAGUGCCGCUGUUUAUCAAGAAAUUUCAGCCGGAAAGAUCGUUGCGCCCCGUAGUGGAAAGACCCAUUGCAGCAAGUGUGGAAAGGAAUCUACAGUCAGCGAUUGGACGAAGCAGCGGAUUAAGUUUUAG